AUGAUCAUUGCAGUGCUGUUUACCAAUGGAUAUGGACGUGGUGAAGGAUUCGCAGUGAUUGUUGUCAAGCCACUGGACCUCGCCAUUGCUGACGGAGACCCAAUCCGCGCCGUUAUCCGUGGGACAGCAGCGAACCAAGACGGCCAGACCAAGGGCUUCACGCAGCCUAGCUCGGAGGCGCAGGCAUAUCUGAUAAGAAGCAUCUAUCGUUCCGCUGGCUUGCAGCUUGAUGGAGCUGGAUAUGUUGAGGCACAUGGCACCGGUACACAAAUCGGAGACUUUGAGGAGACAAUGGCAUUGUCCAAGACGAUUGCAUCAACAUUCUCCAAAGGACAGAAGCUGAUCGUGGGAUCAGUCAAGCCCAACAUUGGUCAUUUGGAAGCCGCCGUGGACUCGCGGGCGUGA